AUGUGGGUGUUCUUCCGCAUCCCCUCCAACUCUCACUUCAUCAUUUAUCUCAAAAACAUUGUGGUCGCAGAUGUCAUCAUGACUUUCACUUUUCCUUUUAAGGUGCUGUCCGACUCAAACAUGGCCUCCACAGGACUUCGGUGUCUGCUGUUCAUAUGGACUGGAAGCAAGCCUUUAUCUCACAAUGGCAUCUUUAAAUAUGUCUGGCACCCGUCCAACAUCCUCAAACUCCUCUUCUUCUUCACCAUCAUGUCACUCAGCAGACACCACUUCAAACAUAGCACUGAGGUCUAUCAGCCGAGCGCAUGCACUCACGUUUGGUUGGAGGUGCUCCACAACCUGACCCUGUGGCUCUCCACUACUAAUGCAUGCCUGGACCCACUCAUCUACAUGUUCCUAUGCAAAGAGUACAAGAGUGCCUUCCGGUCAUUAAUCAACACCUCAAAUGAGUCUGUCUGUACUUACUUAAACCCCUUUGCCCCCCUUUACCUCCUGAUGUUCCCCGUGGCUCUAAUGCUCAACAGCGUGGCUGCCUAUGUCUCACUGCACCUGAAAUCCACGACCACAUUCAUCGUCUAUCUGAAAAACCUCAUUGGGGCCGACCUCAUUCUGACCCUCACUCUCCCAGUCAUAGCUGCCAGUGAGCUGCCCAACGCCCCGCAGCAGUUGGUACCAAAGAUGAACGCCACUCUUUCCAACUUGUCCAUCAAAUGCGACCGGGACACCAGUGUGACCGCAGUGGUGUUCCCCUGCCUCUACAGCCUCCUCUUCGUUGUCGCUUUGGUCUUGAAUUCCUUAGCUGCUUGGAUCUUCUUUGGCAUCCCCAGCACGUCUACCUUUGUGGUAUUUCUGAAAAAUGUGGUGGUGGCAGACCUGCUGAUGACACUGACCAUUCCUCUGAGAGUGCUGAGUGAUGCUGGAGUGGGCUCGUGGCAGCUGCGGGCUUUCCACUGCCGAUAUUCUGCUGUUCUCUUCUACAUCACCAUGUACAUAAGCAUCCUCCUCCUGGGCCUCAUCGGUGUGGACCGCUACCUGAAGAUUGUGAAGCCGUUUGAAAAUUGUCUGCUGCAGCGCGUGAGGGUGGGACAGGUGGUCAGCGCAGCAGUGUGGGUUGUGAUGCUGUCCUUAGCACUGCCCAACGUCAUCCUGAGUGACCAGCAUCCAAAGAUCUCUGGCAAACUCAAGUGUUCCUCUAUGAAGAGCGAGGCUGGGCUGUUGUGGCAUGAGGGGUUUAAUUACUUCUGCCAGGUGAUUUUCUGGGGCACACUUGCUCUGAUGGUAGUGUGCUACACUUUCAUCAGUAAGAAGGUGUACGACUCCUACAAAGCAUCAAAAAGCAGAUCUCACGCUGCCAGUCGCAGAACCAAGGCUAAAGUUUUUGUGGUUGUGGGGAGCAACAUGGCGGAGUACGGGGAUGCGGAGGAGCGCCGGGGCUUGGUAGGAGCUGAAGAUGAAGCGCUCCUGGGUCCUGACACACACGAAGAGGGGGCAACGGGGACGCCACUGCCGCCACUGUGCGACCCCAGCCACCUCCUGCAUCGGAUAGUGGUUUUAGCCUUCAUGUGCUUCCUGGGGUUUGGGAGUUACUUCUGUUAUGACAACCCCGCAGCACUGCAGACAGAGUUUCUUCAAGAUAUGGAUCUGAACACAGCUGAUUUUAUGCAGCUUUAUGCAUGGUAUUCCUGGCCAAAUGUCUUCCUAUGCUUUAUUGGGGGAUUUCUUCUUGACAGGGUUUUUGGUAUUAGACUUGGAACAAUAAUAUUUUCCCUAUUUGUCUGUGUCGGUCAGAUCAUUUUUGCACUUGGAGGAUUUGUAAAAAAAUUCUGGCUUAUGGAAGUAGGACGUUUCGUAUUUGGAAUUGGAGGAGAGUCCCUGGCAGUAGCACAGAAUACUUAUGCAGUAAACUGGUUUAAAGGGAAGGAGCUAAAUCUGGUGUUUGGAUUGCAGCUUAGUAUGGCCAGACUAGGCAGCACAGUGAACAUGAACAUCAUGGGUGCUGUUUAUAAUAAAGUGAGUGAAUCUGUUGCUGCAGGACACACUACACUGGGCGUGUCACUUAUGAUAGCUGCUUCUACAUGUUUGUUCUCCCUUUGGUGUGCUUUGGUUUUGGGAUUUCUCGACAAGCGAGCGGAGAAAAUCCUUCACAAGGAGCAGGGAAGAACCGGUGAGGUCAUUAAGCUGACCGAUGUUAAAGACUUCCCUGCCUCCUUGUGGCUUAUUUUCAUCAUUUGUGUGGGAUACUAUGUUGCAAUAUUCCCUUUUAUUGGACUGGGACAGGUAUUCUUUAUAGAGAAAUUCAACUUUUCUCCAGCUAAUGCCAGAGCUGUUAACAGUAUUGUGUACAUCAUUUCGGCUCCUGCUUCUCCAGUCCUGGGCUUCAUGGUGGAUAAAGUUGGGAGGAACGUGAUUUGGGUGUUGUGUGCUGUGGUUGCAACACUAGCUGCUCACAUGAUGCUGGCCUUCACUUUUUGGAACCCUUGGAUUGCCAUGUCUUUACUGGGCGUUUCCUAUUCCUUACUGGCAUGUGCUCUGUGGCCUAUGGUGGCGUUCGUGGUCCCUGAGCAUCAGCUGGGAACAGCUUAUGGCUUUAUGCAAUCCAUUCAGAAUCUGGGGCUGGCUCUCAUUGCCAUGGCAGCAGGGACCAUCCUUGACACCAGAGGCUACCUGGUUUUAGAAGUGUUUUUCUGUGCCUGCAUAUGCAUUGCACUAAUAGCUGUGGUGAUGUUGUACUUUGUGGAUUACAUCAAAGGGGGAGACUUAAACCGCUCUGCAGCAGACAGAGCCAGACUUCAGAAAGAAGCCACUUCACACUCUGAAUGA